AUGAAGACAUCAGUGUUUUUUACAGGCUACAUCUCCAUUGCCGCGGCCAGCCCCCUUUUAAACAUCCACAUUGGGAAGCAUAGGACUUCAGGAGAACUAUUCCAAUUCACCUCGACCUACAGCGUCAAGGUUGGCCCAAGGGCUGUUGUCGACGCCGACAACAACCCUACCGGCGGACUAGCCGGUGCAUCCGGGCUCUUUCAAUACGGCAUCGACAGUUAUGAAAAUAUUAUCUGCUACAAUCUCACCCUGGAUGGAUUCCGCGGUGAAUAUCAGUCGCCUGCUCUGACGGCUACUCACAUUCACGAAGCACCAGUAGGAAAGGCUGGGCCGCCACGUAUUGCGUUUCCCAAUCCACAAGACUCUCAAGGGGGACGUCGAACUAGCAUUGGCUGCCUAAGAGGACCGUUCCUUACUGGCGUAAAGGUGGACGGCAAGGAUACGGGCCAAGGCUUCCAUGUUGAGCAGAUUGAGAGAAACCCGUCUGCAUUUUUCACAGACGUUCAUUCUAGCUUGGCUGUUCCUGGUGCCGUCAGAGGUCAAUUGGAAAGCAGAAACAAGUGCUAA